AUGGAAAACAACAAAGAGAAUAAACCUUUUCUAUUCCCACAUGCUGAUUCAACUGUUCUACCUGACCCCUCCAACUUCUUCUCUGCAAAUCUUCUAUCCACACCCCUCCCAACAAACUCUUUCUUCCAGAACUUUGUUCUAAAAAAUGGUGAUCAACCUGAAUACAUUCAUCCUUAUCUCAUCAAAUCAUCAAACUCUUCACUUUCUAUAUCAUACCCGAGUCGGUUUUCUAACUACUCUGUCAUAAGCCAAGUCUUCCAACCUGAUCUCACCAUAUCCUCUAUACAACAAAAAAGCAAUGACAAACAUAUAAUCUCUUCUUUCAAUGAUCUCAGUGUUACAUUGGAUAUUCCUUCUUCAAAUUUGAGAUUUUUUCUUGUUAGGGGAAGUCCUUUUUUGACUUUUUCUGUCACAAAACCAACCCCUCUUUGCAUUUCAGCUAACCGUGCAAUUGUUUCAUUCUCUUCAAAUGAUUCUCUUACCAAGUUCACUUUUCAGCUUAACAAUGGUCAAACAUGGCUUCUAUAUGCUACCUCACCAAUCAAUUUGAGUCAUGAUCUUAUUAAUAUAAUAACUUCUGAGGAGUUUUCUGGUAUAAUUAGAAUCGCUUUGUUGCCGGAUUUUUAUUCGAAAAAUGAGGCUGUUCUUGACAAGUUCAGUUCUUGUUAUCCUGUUGGUGGCAAUGCUAUUUUUGGAAAACCGUUUUGUGUUGAGUAUAAAUGGGAAAAGAAAGGUUCAGGUGAUCUGUUAUUGCUAGCACACCCUCUACAUCUUCGACUUUUGUGUCAUAUCAAUGAUUGUAAUUUUACUGUUUUGAAAGAAUUUAAGUAUAAAAGCAUUGAUGGAGAUCUUGUUGGUAUUGUUGGAGAUACAUGGCUAUUGAAAACUGAUCCUAUUUUUAUAACUUGGCACUCUACAAAUGGUGUGAAGAAAGAAUACCAUGAAGAAAUUAUUUCAGCUCUUGUGAAAGAUGUUGAGGAUCUGAAUUCAUCAGCAAUAACAACGACAUCGUCUUACUCUUAUGGAAAAUUGAUUGCUAGAGCUGCAAGGUUAGCAUUGAUAGCUGAAGAAUGUUUUUCCUUUGAUUUGAUUCCAAAAACUAAGAUUAAGAAGUUUUUGAAAGAAAUCAUUGAGCCUUGGCUUGAUGGAACUUUUAAUGGAAAUGGUUUUCUUCAUGACGAAAAAUGGGGUGGGAUUGUUACUAAAAAAGGUUGUGAUGAUUCCGAUGAUUGUUUUGGUUCUGAAUUUUUUAAUGCUCAACUUAAUCACUUGGGAUAUUUCCUUUAUGGUAUAGCUGUUUUGGUUAAGCUUGAUCCAGAUUGGGGUAGAAAGUAUAAAACUCAAGCUUAUUCACUCAUGGAGGAUUUCAUGAACUUGAGCACAUGUUUGAACCCGAAUUACACGUGUCUGAGAUGUUUUGAUCUAUAUAAGUUACAUUCUUGGGCAGGAGGGUUAACUGAUUUUGCAGAUGGAAGAUAUCAGAAAGGAACUAGUGAAGCUAUUAAUGCAUAUUAUUCUGCUACAUUGAUUGGUUUGGCUUAUGGUGAUACUAAUGUUGUUGCAAUUGGAUCAACCUUAACAGCAUUGGAAAUUAAAGCUGCUCAAAUGUGGUGGCAUAUAAAAGGAGGGAAUUUGUAUGAUGAAGAAUUUACAAAGGGGAAUAGGAUGGUUGGUCUUGUUUGGUCUAAUAAGAGAGAUAUGGAACUAUGGUUUGGUUAUUUUGGUGCCAGGCAAUGUUUACUUGGGAUACAAGUUUUACCAUUGUUGCCGAUUUCUGAAGUUUUGUUUUCUGAUAUAGAUUAUGUGAAGGAUCUUGUUGAGUGGGCAUUGCCGGCUUUGGAAAGGGAUGGUGUAGGUGAAGGGUGGAAGGGUUUUUUGUAUGCUUUGCAGGGAAUUUAUGAUAAGGAAGGUGCUUUGGCAAAGAUAAGAAAGUUGAGUGGUUUUGAUGAUGGAAAUUCAUUUAGUAAUAUGUUGUGGUUGAUUCAUAGUAGAAGUUAA